GAAAAAAAAAUAGAACAUUCGUGUGUAUUCCUUCUUUCCUUUGAAAUUAAUCCCUUUUCUUCUUCUAUUUUCAACGACGGCAAAAGCAAAAGCGACCACACAAAAAACUUACUUUCUCACUUCAACCAAUUACGUGCAAGGCACAAUCUGACAGUUCGUCUCUGACUUUUGAACAGGAAGGUUGUUAAAUAAGUGAAAUAAAAGUGUUCGCGGUGAAAACAGUGUCGUUAUUUACAAAAAAAAAAAAAUUGUGUGUGUGCUAUCUCCUCAACAAAUAUCCAGCGCAUUGACUGAUUGGUUUUGUCAAUUGAAUUCUGGAGCCAAGUUUAAAUUCUUUGCCGACGGUCACAUGUAAACUUUGGCAAUUGGGCUUGUUGGCACAUUUAAAUCGAAGUAGAACGUUAACUUUUGGGGAGGCGAGAGAGAGUGGAGCAGAUUACACACAGAAGCAGCAUUCGGCGUUUAGCCGUGAUUGGAAUCAAUUGGUGGGGAUAUUUGCAAAAAAUAAAACACCCUUUUAGUAUUUGAAAUAAUUGGUCUCAUUAUACCAAACAAAUGACCUGAUCACAGGAUCACUUGGACCGAGAGCGAGGGAGUAAGCACUCAAUUAAAAAGGAAUCGAGGAUAAACAUAAUUACAUUAUUUUAUUUUUAAAGAAUGACAAUAAUAUUAUUUCUGGUCGACACAUCGUCGUCUAUGUGUCAAAAGGCUUAUGUUAAUGGAGUACAAAAAAGCUAUCUAGACAUUGCCAAAGGAGCAGUGGAGACGUUUCUUAAAUUUCGACAGCGAACCCAAGACUGCCUUGGUGAUCGUUAUAUGCUACUAACUUUCGAAGAACCACCGGCCAAUGUUAAAGCCGGAUGGAAAGAAAAUCAUGCAACCUUCAUGAAUGAGCUUAAAAACCUACAAAGCAAUGGGCUAACUUCAAUGGGCGAAUCUCUUAAGAAUGCAUUUGAUUUGCUAAAUCUAAACCGCAUGCAAUCGGGUAUUGAUACCUAUGGACAAGGGCGGUGCCCAUUCUACCUUGAACCUUCAGUAAUUAUUGUCAUCACCGAUGGCGGAAAGUAUUCCUUCCGCAAUGGCGUUCACCAAGAUAUAAUUUUGCCUCUGAACUCACAAAUUCCUGGAACGAAAUUUACCAAGGAACCAUUCCGUUGGGAUCAGCGACUGUUUUCUCUUGUUCUGCGAAUGUCGGGAAAUAAAAUCGAUGAACGUGUAGAUGGCAAAGUACCACAUGACGACUCACCCAUAGAAAGAAUGUGUGAAGUAACUGGAGGGCGGUCAUAUCGCGUGAAAUCACAUUAUGUACUAAAUCAGUGCAUAGAGAGCCUUGUGCAGAAAGUACAACCUGGGGUUGUGCUGCACUUUGACCAAAUGCUCUUAAAAGACCUCAAAGAUGGAGAAGUUCAAGAUAUUGCAUUUCAAACAACCAAAAAGAUGAUAUACGUGCAGAAGCAUAUUUCGCAAAAAACAUUUCCAGUUGGAUUUUGGCCGCUACCAGAACCCUAUUGGCCAGAUCCAAAAUCUGCAACACUUCCACCAAGAGAUGCACAUCCAAAGCUUAGAAUUGUUACUCCAUGUGUCGAUGAACCUCAAAUGGUUAGAAAUUUUCCAGUGGAUAAGUACGAAGUCGAAGCUAGUCCGCUUACACUACAAAUUUUAUCAAAACGAGAAAUGAACAAAUGCUGGCCAGUGAUCAUAUCAAAUGGAAUGCAUGGAUUUGAGGUUCCUUUUGGCUAUCUUAAGGCAAGUCCAAAUUUUGCUCAGGUUCAUCUGUAUGUUUUAGCAUACAAUUACCCGGCGUUACUUCCACUUUUGCAUGAUCUCAUUCAUAAGUACAAUAUGAGUCCACCGAAUGAUUUGAUGUACAAGUUUAAUGCGUACGUACGGUUGAUACCACCAUACUACUGCCCGUUCCUGAGACGAGCUCUUUUGAACAUAAACGUUCCAUAUCCUUUGUUGCAAUUUUUAUUGCCCGAAAACGCAGAUAAUUAUUUGAGUCCAAAUAUUGCAAACCAGUUGAAGCACAUUAAAAAUACCGCAAAGCAGGAUCAAGAGAACCUGUGUCAAAAGGUCCUCAGGCAAUUGCGACAGCCUAGACCGCCGUAUUGGCAAAUUGAAAGAGCGCGUUUGAUAGUUGGGCCACCGAUGAGAAGGGAUUUGGUGCGAAAUCCUCUUCUACGAGAUACGUUUAGCAAAUUGCACAGUGAAAUCGAACCAAUUGAAAAUUACACGAUUGUUGUGCCAUCGAUGGUUAGACAACCGCCAGCGAAAAAUUAUCGUAAUCCAUUCGACAUCCCACGAAGGGAUCUUAUAGAUGAGAUAUCAAAAAUGCGAGACAACUUCUUGAGGUCAUCUACUGCAAAUGGCAUUGGAUUGGUGAAUAAAGACUCAGGACAUUGUCUGCCAAUUUCUGAAAUGGGCAACUACCAGGAGUAUCUGAAGAACAAAGACAACCCACUGCGUGAAAUCGAACCGACAAACGUUCGGCAACAUAUGUUUGGUAAUCCAUAUAAGAAAGACAAACACAUGGUUAUGGUAGAUGAGGCGGAUCUUGGAGAAGUGGCUCCAAUUAAAAGUCCAAAUGCCCAAAAUGCACAAUCAAAAAAGCAACUUGAACUAGGAAGUAGAUCGAGAAAGCGAAAAGCAGGACCAAUUCGAAGGGAUUUCAUAUUUCGACGUACAUCGACUGAUUCGCGGCCAAGCACGCCAUCGAUAGCAUCCUCUACAUCGUCAUGCAAAGGAGGAUUCGAUUCGGACACAGAUGACAGCAUGUCGGACACUUCCUCUGUUAUUUCUUCAGAUGACGGCGAUCCGGAUAGAUUGAGUUCGUUUGAGUUUAAUGAACCUCUAGACGAAUUUCCCAUUAAUGGACAUGUUAGAAAUUUUAUCAAUGGAGUUACAGACGACAUAGAAGAAGGCGUUUCAGGAACGGUGCCAGUUCAUUUAUCAACACCUUCGCAUUUAAUAAUGCAAGGAAAUCAUAGCAGCAAUACGAUAGUUAGCAAUAAUAGUUUAACAAGUGCGUUAGGCGGUGUACUUGCUAGUAGUAGUGGGGUGUCCAUAAUUGGAAACGGAAUUCCAAACAACAAUAUCCACAUUCCGAAUCCUUAUACAUCUCCAAUUUUCGUCGAAGCAGCGACGUCCCUUAGUGCAGUGGCAUCUCAUCCACAUCACCAUCACCCGUUUACAGCUGUGGCGGCGCAAUCUGUAGGAGUUUCACCGGUACUAGCAUCAGUUGCCGCUGUUUCUAGUAUUGCAGGAGCCACACUACAACCAACUCCAGCAGCAACAACAAAUGGCCACAAUGAUAUCAAUAGUGAUGCACAGGAAAUCUCUAGAAUUCUUCAACAAUGUCACAACGGCAGUAGUAGCAGUUGUGGAGUCGUUGUACCAACUUCUUCUGAAACCUUUAUUAAUAAACACGAAAUAAUGAUAGCAGAUUCACUUCCUGUCGAUUUUGAUAGCAGUAAACCAUUAGAAGUCGAAGCAGACCAAAAGCCAGGAGUGAGUUCGGCUGCCUACACGACCAACUCUAAUUUCGAUAGUCUUAAAAAAGAAUCACCCGCCUCAUCCGCUGAACCACUGCUAACCAUCGAGCAACGUGAUGCCAUUCGAAGGCAUAAUAUAGAAUUACGAGCGACAAUAUUUCGAGACAUUCGUCGUCCAGGUCGAAAUUAUUCCCAACUUCUGGAGAACCUUAAUCAAAUGAAAGGCGAUAUUGAUACAAAAAACAAGUUCAUACAGAUGUGUGUGACUGAAUCGAAACGCUUUAGGCGCCAACUCAUGGCCAACAGCAUACAAGAUUGGUGGGAUAAACGGGUUAACAAUAAUAGUUUUCUAAUGCAAAAUCCGGCGAUGAGCUCGAGCUAACACCAAGGCUUCUAUUAAAAAUCGCGCCCAUUGUUUUUCAGUUAUAUAUAUUUUUUUUUUCGAUAAAAUACUUUAGAAGUACAUAAAAUAUAAAAAUACUUGUAAUAAUUGUAGUAAGUAGUAGAUGUCUUUUAGUAAUAAGAGUAGUCAUUUAUAUUUUGUUUGCUCUUCGAGAAAAAAAAAAUCAAACGUUAAAUUCUAUUAUUUUUUUGUAAAUAUCGUUACACUGAAAAAAAAAAUAUAUAAUAAUUCUAGAGUUCAGUAUACACAAAAAAAUAAUGUUGAAAAUUAUAGUACUGUCUGUCAUUAAAAAUUUUAUUAUUAUUUUUUAUGAAAUCAGUCUGAAA